UAUCAGGACAGUUAUGAACAUACCACACUAACACUGAUAUAUUUAUUUGUACAGAAUACCGCAACAGAGAGGAGAAGCUUAAAGAAAGAGCGAGACAUCUUGAAAGCCAGCUCGCUGACCUCCAGAGAGAGAACUCGAAGCUGAAGUUGUCUAUAACAGAAGCAAACGUCACGAUCGUCGACGAGAUUCAGACAAAAGACUUGAAGAAGCACACGUCUGGCAGCAUCCAGUUCACCGACCUGUCCGACCGGGACAGUGCGUUCUGGAGCUCACACUCUGGGAAGAGUGAAUCCAUAGCAACAGGACACACGACCGACUUGGAUGAUGUUGAUACUCCAGCAAACAAUUGCCAAUGUGAUGCUGCAGCAGAUGGGAAUCUCGAGAGUGAGCCAAAUGAGGAGAGUGGAGAAGUUGGAGGCGAGAUAAAGGAUGGAGAGGGAAAAGUUGAAGAGGUAAAGGGUGGAAAUGAAGAUGUGAUGCCAGAUAUGAACAAGACAGGAAUGUCUGAUGAAGAUGUGGAUGGAACACAAGAAGGAAUGGGGACGGAAGCUGUGGCUGAUACAGAAUUGGCAGAAGAAGGAACAAGACGAAGCAGUGAUCUUGUGUGGAAGGCCAUGAAAAAGAAGCAGAGUUUAUGUACAAACGUGGACGAGAAUCAAGAGUUAUACGAGGUACGAACAGACGAAGAUGAGACUGGCACAGCUGACGUCGAGUCGGGUCACGAGCUAGCAUCUGACUUCAUGCAUGAUGAGACUCUGAAAUCGGAUCGCGAAGAGAUGAACACAAAUGUCAUGAUGGAACCAGAUGUUCCUGAUGAUGUUGUCACCGAUUCGACGACUUCUGAGACUCACCAACAGGAUCAUCCUGAUGAUGCAAAUGAUAAUGUUGAGUUUCUUAAGAAGACGAACAAAAUAUUCAAGAAAGGCAGUUUUCGUGAUGUGGUUGUUGAUGCAAUACGUUUCAAGUACGUUUUUGACGAGGUGGAAAAUGCGAAAAGUGAUAUACCAAUGAUAUAUACAGAAUCAAAAAAUAAAACAUCAAAUGAGAACUGCGACAGACAGUUAGAUGUUGUAAAUGAGAACAUAGAAGAAUCAAGUAAUCAUAUAGAAAUGGGUGAGGACCACAUGGAAGAUUCUAAGUCAGAGGUUGUGGAUGAGGACAAGUCCAGUGGAGCUGUGAGGAAGGAGUCGAUUCUCAGCGUGUUUGAGUCUACAGUCGACUGCAAACAGGAGGCUCCACGGUCUACGUUAGACGACGAAAGCGAGGACUUCAUUCAUACCAUGAUGAAGAAAGAAGACUGUAUGUCAGAAACUGAUCAUACUUUGUUGGACAUGGAUGAUCUCGACAAUAAAGGGUUCAAAGAGAAUGCAGGACAGUGGUUUAACACAGAAGUAGAUGAUCUCAAUGAUGUGGAUGUGGAUGUGGAUGAGCACCAUGCAAGAGAUGCCCACAGUAACAUCAGUCAUGUGAACAGUACGAGUGAUUUCCACUCCAUUGUUCACUCUGUCCAACAGUUAAUGAGAAAGAGUUCCCGGCCUGAUGGGAAAGGUUUAAAACAGACUGUCUGUUCUAUUGAAGAAACUGACAAACUGAGAUCAACCGAAAACACCGAGGUUCUGUCCAAGGACAACCCAUCGACAGCAAGUUCAGGAAGGAAAUCAAAACGUGAGAAAAAGAAUUCAAAGAAGACGGACAGCAUUGUCGAUGACAGACAUAACAAUAUGUCUGAACAGCUGGACCCAGAUCAUCCUUGCGCAGACCAGCAGAUAGAGUCAUUAGGAGAUUUAAUGACGAAAAAGAAAUCAAAGCGAAAAAAGACAAAGACAGAUGCACUUGCUUCUGAACAAACAGGGUCUCAUGAGGAUGACAACCAGAAAGAUGUUCCUGGUGAGGACUUUGACUGUCCUCAAGAGGAAGGUGCACACCUGAAGGGACGGAAGUCGAAAAACAAGAUAUCGAAACACAAAACACAAGUUUUAAAUUUCAAGAAUGACAAACAAGCAGAUGACUGUCAGGAGGGUUUGGCAGGAAACCAAGACUUGACGUCUGCUACGGCACUGGACGAGAAGGAAAAAGAUGAUGAACAGUUUCGAGGAGCUGGUGUUAGUAAUGAUCUUCCUCUUCAGAAUGAUGUCCUAGAUGAAUUUUCCAAACUACCAAAAGUUUCAGAACAUGCAGGUAAUGCAAAGAGCACAAUGAAAAAGACUAAAAAGUCCAAAAGUGGGAAGUCAAAGGAUGUGACAGAACCUGCCACAGAAGGCACUGCUACCAGUGACUGUAGUUCACAACAGACAAAGCCUAUCAAGGAUUUGCCGACAAAACAAGCUAAAGCUGCAAAACAUUCCACUGAAAAAAGUGGCAAGCGCCGCAAGAAGAAGGAAGUAUAGUGUCCCAGAGAAAGGAAAGAAAAACUGUUGUAAAUGUAAGAAGAAGGAAGUAUAGUGUCCCAGAGAAAGGAAAGAAAAACUGUUGUAAGUGCAAGAAGAAGGAAGUAUAGUGUCGCAGAGAAAGGAAAGAAAAACUGUUGUAAGUGCAAGAAGAAGGAAGUAUAGUGUCGCAGAGAAAGGAAAGAAAAACUGUUGUAAGUGCAAGAAGAAGGAAGUAUAGUGUCGCAGAGAAAGGAAAGAAAAACUGUUGUAAAUGUAACGACUCUCCAGCAAUGCUAUACAAGAGGUACUUGGAGGUCCCCUCCUUUGGAUUCGCCCUUGCUACAGUAUUCGUGCAGUGAGGGAUGCAGCAGUUAACCAGUACCUACACUGUUCAAAAGUACAGUAGGCCCUAUAUGCAAGACAAUACCCCCACGCCACCAAGCAUCACUCUGACGAAGAUAUUACACGUCCUCCACUAAACACAAAUAAAUUUAUCAUACACUGCAUUUUUGGGGUUACUUCGAAA